CCCGAGCCGUAUCACACGUCCGUCCUCACUGGUCGCCUCUGGAUCCAAGAGCUUCUGCAUGGCCACCGUAAUCGAAUGUCAGACAACAUCGGGACUCGCCCUUUCGUCUUCCGAGCACUCGAGCGGGAAUUAAUCCGACGAGGAGGACUGCGU